UUAAAAAUUUGGAUUCAGCCUCAGGUCCAGUCCCCCAUAAUGCAGGGAAGGGUUGUUGUAACCAUCUUUUAUUAUAGGACAUCAGUUUUACUUUGUAAAAGAAACCUUCAGGUUUUGAGAAGAGGACAUCACUGGGCUAGUGGUCGCAUUGCUAAUAGAAAACAGAAAAUAAUUCAUUCAUGCCAUUAUAUCCCUAGCAGGAUACAGCACAGUGCUAGCUAUGUAACUGAUGAUGAGGUCCAGCUGUCAGGUUGGAGGAUACUCAGAUCAAUGUGGAGUCACAUAUGGCCGAGAGAUAAGCCGGCUCUUAAAGUCCGUGUGGUGACUGCUGUUGGACUAUUGUUUGGAGCUAAGUUGUUGAAUGUGCAAGUUCCUUUUUUCUUCAAAUAUGCUGUGGAUAGUUAUAGCAAAUUGCCUGAUCUUGCUACAACAGAAGGAGCUUUAAUCACAGGAGCAACAGCUUUAUUGUUAGGAUAUGGAGCUGCCAGGAUUGGUGCUUCAUUAUUCAAUGAGCUACGGAAUGCUGUAUUUGCAAAGGUAGCUCAGUCAUCAAUACGUCGUGUUGCAAGGAGGACAUUCUUGCAUCUUCAUUCGCUUGAUCUCAGCUAUCAUGUAUCAAGACACACAGGAGCAAUGUCUAGAGCUGUUGAUAGAGGAACUAGAGGUAUCAAUUUUAUACUCUCUGCUCUUGUCUUCAAUGUAUUUCCUACUUUCUUUGAAGUUGGACUUGUUGCAGGAAUACUGACAUAUCGGUGUGGGCUCUCAUAUGGACUGUUAACAGUAGGGACUAUUGGAGUAUACACACUCUACACGUUAGCCAUGACACAAUGGAGGACAAAGUUUCGUGUUCGAAUGAACAAUGCUGACAAUGAAUCUGGAUCAAAAGCAAUCGAUUCUCUGAUUAACUAUGAAACUGUUAAGUUGUUUAACAAUGAAGCUUAUGAAGCAGAUGAAUAUGAUAAAGUCCUUGCCAGAUAUGAGGAUGCUUCAUUAAAGACGGUUACAUCGUUGUCUGCAUUGAAUUUUGGGCAGAAUGCUGUCUUUGGCGUGUCACUGACUGCUGUAAUGCUAAUGGCCAGUCAUGGAAUAACAUCAGGUACUCUCACUGUUGGUGACCUAGUAAUGGUCAAUGGGCUUCUAUUUCAGCUCUCUUUGCCUCUGAAUUUUUUGGGAUCAGUUUAUAGAGAUGUGAGACAGUCACUGAUUGAUAUGCAAACAAUGUUUAACUUACUAAAUAUUCACUCACAAAUAAAAGAAAAACCUAAUGCACCAAAUCUUCUACUGUCUCCAGAAUCAAACACUAUUACAUUUGACAAUGUCUCAUUUGGUUAUGUUGGAGAUAAGAAUAUACUCAACGGUCUCUCAUUUACUGUACCAGCUGGAAAGAAGGUUGCAAUAGUUGGCGGAAGUGGAUCUGGGAAGUCCACGAUAGUGCGAUUGCUGUAUCGUUUUUAUGAUCCUCCUCAAGGAAGGAUACUGAUAGGAGAUCAAGACAUAAGUGAUGUAUCAAUUGAUAGUCUUAGGAGAGCUAUUGGUGUUGUCCCUCAGGACUGUGUCCUCUUUCACAACACAAUCCUUCACAAUAUACAAUAUGGGAGACUAAGUGCAAGCAAGGAUGAAGUACUGGAGGCUAUAGACACAGCUGGUCUGAAGGAGACUAUUAGUUCAAUGCCACUCCAAUAUGAGACACAGGUUGGAGAAAGAGGACUGAAACUGUCAGGAGGAGAGAAGCAACGUGUUGCAAUAGCAAGAGCAAUAUUGAAGGAUGCUCCUAUACUGGUCUAUGAUGAAGCAACAUCUUCCCUAGACUCUAUAACUGAACAGAAUAUAUUGAAAGCUGUGAGAAAAAUAACAGAGGGAAGGACAUCAAUAUUCAUAGCACAUCGACUCUCAACAAUCAUUGAUGCUGAUAUAAUCUAUGUUCUAAUGAAUGGGAAGAUCAUUGAAAGUGGAAACCAUUAUGACCUCAUUAGCAAUCCAAACUCGUACUACACUGAACUGUGGAUCAAUCAAAAUAAAUCAGCCUUUAAAUAAAAAUUAUUUUUACACAUAACAAUAGUACACAGUCAUAUUAUAUAAUUAUAAUUUAGUUAUCAUAAUAUUGCUAGUAAAGUUAGCUUUUUAAUAAGUUAUUAAUUGAG